UGUAACAGAGAUGGUGAUGGAGAUACGAGGGGAAAUAGAAGGAAUGAGGGAAAAAAGGUGAGAAAGAGGGAAGAGUUUUUUUCUGUGGGACCUCGGAUUCGGACAGGAGGCGACCGCCCGGUGUUGGAAGGUGAAGGCAAAGGUGUGUGAGUGUGUGUAUGAGAGACUGUGUUGUGCGUGUGGCUGAGAGACCGCAGAGAGGCUCACACAACUUCCAGCAUCCUUCCUGCGCCCCUAGGCUGCGCUGCGCCCUGCCGCCGCCGCGACUCUCCCAGUCUUUCUUCGAGACCCAGGCGGAGAUGUGAAGAGGCUUAAAGUAUGGCAUGCAAGGAUGGUGUGCGCAAAGAAGAAGGAGAUGGUGACAGCGACGCGAGCCGCGUUUAUUCGGACCCUGUUCUACUUUUUGUGUUUGACUUGUGCGAAAAACAUCUCCGGACAAACAAGGAAGGAUGAGAGGAUUUAUCCGGAGAAUUUUACUCGGAUAUUGGACCGACUUCUGGACGGCUAUGACAACAGGCUGCGACCUGGAUUCGGAGGCCCUGUGACUGAGGUGAAGACUGACAUUUAUGUGACAAGUUUUGGGCCGGUCUCCGAUGUUGAGAUGGAGUACACUAUGGAUGUAUUUUUUCGGCAGACCUGGGUUGAUCGGAGAUUGAUGUACGAGGGCCCAGUGGAGAUACUGAGGCUUAACAACCUGAUGGUGACCAAGGUCUGGACACCAGACACCUUUUUCAGGAACGGCAAGAGGUCGGUUGCCCACAACAUGACAGCGCCCAACAAGCUCUUCCGCAUCAUGAAGAAUGGCACCAUCCUUUACACCAUGAGGUUGACCAUUAUUGCAGAGUGUCCCAUGAAGCUGGUGGAUUUCCCCAUGGAUGGACAUGCCUGUCCUCUCAAGUUUGGAAGCUAUGCCUAUCCCAAAACAGAGAUGAUCUACACUUGGACCAAAGGGCCUCAGCAUUCGGUGGAGGUCCCCCCUGAGUCCUCCAGCCUCGUUCAGUAUGAUCUCACUGGCCAGACCGUCUCCAGUGAGACCAUUAAAUCCAUCACAGGUGAAUAUGUCGUGAUGACGGUCUACUUCCACUUAAAACGUAAAAUGGGUUACUUCAUGAUUCAGACAUAUAUCCCCUGCAUAAUGACAGUAAUCCUCUCUCAAGUGUCCUUCUGGAUAAAUAAGGAGUCAGUCCCAGCACGGACAGUUUUUGGCAUUACCACCGUCCUGACAAUGACGACACUCAGCAUCAGUGCUCGCCACUCUCUCCCCAAGGUGUCAUAUGCAACUGCGAUGGACUGGUUCAUUGCCGUCUGCUUCGCCUUUGUCUUCUCUGCCCUCAUUGAGUUUGCCGCGGUCAACUAUUUCACCAAUGCACAGAUUGAAAGGGCCAAGAAGAAGCCAGGCAAAUGUCCCCCCGUGCCCCAAAGCACGCCUGUCAAGGUGAAGGACACAGAGGAAGUGCAGCAGCAAAUUUCCGACACAAAUGGUUCCCUGAGAAAACGAAUGAAUUACGUUUCCCAACAAGAUCCGACCAGUCAGCCAAGAGCUCAGUCCACCACCAACAUUUCAGGACUGGGAAGAGGAAGGCAGCUGAGAGCUUUAGCCGGUGGAGCCAAUGGCAGCUCCUCCACUCUCUCCCGCUCCAGCCCCAAGUCUGAGAGCCUGCUCAGCGUGGCCUCCUCCUCCACCCAGCUGGUCAAGAGCACACCUCAGCCCGUGGCUUCCACCCCUGACGUCAUGGGUGGGACACCGGGCAGGCAGGGCACCGGCUCCCCGUCUCUGCAGCAUCUGCUGGGGCCCAAACUGGAGCGCAUCCAGAUGAUGGGGAACAAACUGGAGCCGAAGCAGACGCCUUGCUCUCAGCCAACCACUGCUGGCAUGGGUGGAACUAGUAAGAUUGACAAAUACGCACGGAUCCUAUUUCCAGUGUCUUUUGGGGCAUUUAACAUGGUCUACUGGGUAGUCUACUUGUCUAAAGACACAAUGGUGACCAAAGGUGGCUAGAGAAUGCUCUGGCAAUAAGAUUCAUCAUUAUUUCUUCUAGCCUGGAUACAACAAGAUGCUGCUGGUUUUGCCAAACAGUUAAGUGUGCUCAUCCAUCAAUAGUGGAUCCUGCAGAACACAUUUACAAUUCAUUUGUUUUGCUUAUGCUGAGGGACUACAAGCAUGGAACCAAAUCCUUAUAUUUAGACUGAACUAACUCAACCUAAGAAAGAACGUCUGCACAUUGGAGUAUUCUACUGUGCUCUUUCUAUUUCAUCUGAUUGUAAAGGUCUUCAACUGCCUCGUGAUCCAUUUGGCCUGGAUAAAGAGUGGGGAUUUAUCAUUUUCCUAUUUUUGUACCCUGCACCUGUUGGGAUGUUUGGAUAUGUCAUCAUUCAGAACUGAACC